AUGGACAUUGAUCUGCGUGACUAUGGAGGGACUCUGCUCGAGGAGGUAAUGCGUCAUGACCAUCAGGGAACCGUCAAAUUCCACACCGACCUUGGGCCUAUUCGGAAAUUCUGGCAGGCUAUGCGACUUGCACGGUGCCUUGAAAGCGCAGGCGCUGAAGACAGCGAAAUAACGCUGGAUGACGGGCGUGUCUUUGAGGGAGACUUGCUGGUCGGUGCGGACGGGCUACAUUCUAUCGUACGAACGAAGAUCGCCCCCAAUGCGCCCUCACCCACUCCUGCAGACAAAUCUUGCUUCCGCUGGCUGCUUUCAGCGUCCGAUAUUCGCGCAUCCGAAACGACGAAACAUGUAGUCCGCCGAGGCGCGCUGAUGGAGUGGGCAGAGGGCGGGAAGGCUAGACUGGUCAUGUAUCCCUGCUCAAACAACGAGGUACUGAAUCUAGUUGCAUUUAUGCCAACGGCCAAAGUGGGGAAACUGGGAGAGGGUAUUGUCCCCUUGUUUAGGAUGUGUGCACACGCUGAUCAGAGACGUGCAGGCUACGAGGCGGCCGGCAACAAGGGCAUCUUGAUCAACGGAUUUGAAGACUUUUGUCCUGCGGUGCGCGAGCUUGUUGAGCGCGCUGGCGAUGAUCUCAAGGUCUGGCAGCUGUAUGACAUGGAGGCUCUGCCGCGCUAUGUGAUGGAGCGUGCUGCGCUGAUUGGGGACGCGGCGCAUCCGUUCCAGCCCUAUCUAGGCCAAGGAGGGGCGAUGGCAAUCGAGGACGCCGUUUCCCUUGCGGUCCUCCUGCCGAUGGGAACAACAGUGAAUGACAUCCCCUCUCGACUGAAGCUAUACGAGAACACUAGACGUCCACGAGUAGAGUUGACGCUGCAUUACACAGCACUCAACGCGCGCAACGAAGACCAAGAGUGUACAGACCCAAAAACCGCGGCGGAAAUGGCUAGAAUCAUGGGCCAGAUAGGCGCGCAUAAUGAGGUCGCCAAUUCGACAGCGGUCCUGCGAGAGGCGCUCACGCGCUCCGCCUCCGGUCCAGCUGAAGCUAACGGUGCUGCGCUAGACAUAACGCAGCUAGCUGCCCCAUCAGGCCAAGUCUGA